AUAAUCGAAUAAUUGCAUAUAACUAUAUCCUAGUAAACGAAAGCCAUUCAACUAUUAAACCCAAUUUGACGUCACGCUCACACUCAUCACGCUCCUCAUUCUAAACUCAUCCUCAUCCUCAUCCUCUUCCUCCCAUCUCUCACCUAUUUACAUUGUUACUCAUUCAAUAACAUAUACCAAACACCUCCCCAAUCACCUCACCAACUAUAUCCUCACCACCAAAACAAAAAAAAUGCCACCCUCCCCCUCCCCCUCCCCUUCCCCCUCCGCCCUCCUCCGCCUAACCCAAGCCCUCACCAUCGCCCUCCUAACCAGCACAUCCGGCCUAACCCUCAGCCUCUCCACCCUCCUGAUCCCGCGCCUCCUCGAGUCGCCCACGCCCCUCCUAACCCUACAGUUCCAGCGCACCCUCCAGCGCACCCGUCGUCUCCUCACCCUCCUAGCCCUCGUCCCCAGCUUCGCGCACAUCUACCUCGCGUACUUGCUCCCCUCUAAAGCGCGCGCGUACGCGAUCGCGGCCGCAGUGAGCCUGAGCGCGAUGCCGUGGGGCUUUGUUGCCAUGGGGACGAUGGAGCGGCAGAUGGAGGGGCGGGCGCGGUGGGUGGAUGUGAAGGCGCGGGGGGGUGUCGACGGGGGGAAGGAGGUGUUUGUGGAGGGGUUUAUAGAGGAGGAGGGUUUAGGGGAGGUGAUAGCGGAGGGUGCGCCGACGGCGCAUGCGAUUGUGGAUGCGUGGGCGGUGAGGAAUCUGUAUCGCCCUGUUGCGGCGUUUGCGGCGGGUUGUAUUGGGUUGUAUGCUGCUUUGUCGUGAGGGGCGAUGGGCUGGUCGCUUGCUUGUGUUGCUUUGGGGUGUUUUAUGGGGUGUUUGAUGUGAUAUGAGCUUUAGCUGAAUAUAUAGGGGCCAGAAUCCAGCGCAAAACUCAACGAGGGACUUGAAUAGGGGUCAAAGAUAAUUGAACACAUUCCAGGGAUCAAGGAGGGAGAAGAUUAAGUAUCGACUACAAUUUGCAAUAAGGUUCUACAAGGGUAAGGCCAUGAUGAUAUAUUAUUCAUCUCUGUUUCUAGUCUGUGGAUGACGGAGUCACCAGACCUUUGUAACUACCUAGUACUAGAUAU